GGCGCGCCCCGAGCUCGCAGCCACGCGUCACUCGUAUCGUUCGUUUGCCGCUCGCAAACACACGCUCGAUCCUAAACACUCUCCUCUACUAUUGGCCGACCCGCUCCAAUUCGCCUACCGAUGAAUUUUUAAUAGCUUCGAUACCUAAGCGCCAACGAAUGAUUGAACUUAGAACUCGUAACUUACUUCGCCACAGCCAUGGAAACUCUUUUGUUGACUUAUCUGUAAUAGUCGUAAAAGUUGAUUCGAUUACCAUGUCGCGGGGUUAAAGAAAUUUCCCACUAUGAUCGGUCAAAGAUUGGUCUCGUGUUUCACCGCAAUGGCUCUGUUACUAAUGAUUGCCGGUUCUUUGGCCGUUUCCGACGAGUCACUGUUCCCGAGGUUCGUAGAGCCCGUCCCGAAUGUCACUGUAACGGUGGGUCGCGACGCACUGCUUGCCUGUGUCGUUGAAGACUUGCGUGGGUACAAGGUGGCGUGGGUGCGAGUAGACACUCAGACAAUUUUGAGUAUCCACCACAAUAUAAUAACGCAAAAUCCGCGUAUAAGCCUGUCAUAUAACGACCACCGGUCUUGGUACCUGCACAUCAAGAAUGUGCAGGAAGUUGAUCGAGGCUGGUAUAUGUGCCAGGUCAACACCGACCCAAUGCGUUCAAGAAAAGGAUACCUACAGGUUGUUGUGCCGCCUGUCAUCAUCGACAACAUGACUUCGACUGACAUGGUAGUGCGAGAGGGUACUAACGUCACUAUGUUCUGUCGAGCUACAGGAUAUCCUGAACCUUACGUCAUGUGGCGCAGAGAAGAUGGACAAGAAUUCAACUGUAAUGGCGAAUUAGUGAACGUAGUGGACGGCGAGAACUUGACAAUCUCAAAGGUGUCCCGUCUCCACAUGGGCGCGUACCUUUGUAUAGCGUCCAACGGUGUGCCGCCUUCAAUCAGUAAGCGAGUCGUGUUGAUGGUCCAAUUUCCACCGAUGCUGUCAAUUCCGAACCAGCUGGAGGGUGCGUAUAUUGGACAGGACGUGACGCUAGAGUGCCACACGGAGGCGUACCCCUCCUCCAUCAACUACUGGACAACCGACCGCGGAGACAUGAUCAUUUCCGGUAACAAAUACAUAACGUCAUUCAGUGACGACGGCUACAGCCGCAAAAUGAUGCUGACCAUACGCAAAGUGUCGUCCAGAGAUUUCUCCUCGUAUCGCUGCGUUGCCAAGAACUCUCUCGGGGAAACUGACGGACUUAUACGACUUGAUGAAAUACCAGCCCCCUCAACCAUAAGUACUACAGACAACAACGUCCCAACGUUCGCUACAAAGAGAAGAAGUAAACAUAAAAAACCGUUGUCGGACAGUUCUGCCGAUAACAGAGUCAACGGCGCUGAAGUAGAGCCAUGGAAAGGAGCCGACGGCUAUUUCGACUCUACUCAAAGUUCGGGCUGCGUGAGCGCACGAGCGUUUACCCUCAUCGUUGCGAUCGCAGCUCUUCUUGCCAGGUGACCCGCGGUUUUCGCUCAUAACGGUAGCAUAUCAUAGUGCCAAUUAGAUUAUUGUGCUAAAAGAGAUACAACCUAGCAGUGAUACCUUAACAUAAUCAAGUAAAUUGUAUAGAUAAACAUAUCAGUUCCUUUUUGUUACAUAUCUUUAUUUUCCAU